CUUACGUUUCGAGAGAACCAUCACGUACUCCUCAACGUGUCCGUUGAUCAGUUAGAUAGCUAGAGCGAAUGUCGCUCGCUCCACGAUCGUCGCUGCGCUCCAUGGUGCUGCUCCUGUCGCACGGGAAACCACGGUUGAGCUCACUCUUCUCCUCCAUUCCGACAGUGACGGCCACGCCGGAAACUAGUGCUCCAGCUGCUCCGGCCGACCAGCCUCCACCCGUUCUUGUUCCGGGGUCAGGCUCUAGUUGCCACAGCUCCGUUGCCCCUCAAAAGAGAGCUCUUCACCGAGUGCCCAAGACUCCAUUUGGCACACCUGAAAACGAAGUAUGCGAAGAUCCUGAUCUUGGAGUUGCUAAGGGAGGUCCGCUCAUCUCUUCCAAGGACGAACCCAAACACCCAACUCCCGAACCUGCUUUGGCUCCCAAUCUACAGGAAGAUCAUGAACACUCCAUCCCUGGUGAUUCGUGUAGCACAUUCGAGCCUCUGCCCAACCAGCUGACGAAAGAUGAUGAUCUUCCGGCUGCUGGGGGUCCAAGCCCACGUAUCUCUUCCCGCGACAAGCCCCCGCACCAUGUUGUCGAACCUACUGGUCGAACCAGAAUAGGAACUGCAACUCGUCCCACCUCUGAAGAAUAUUGAUGGAGUGCCAAUUGUUCAGGCACUGCAAGCAAGAGCCAUGCUGCCGUGAGUUAAAAGUAACAAUCUUGGCGGUUACCGCAUCGUCAACCAUGUAAUCUGAAUGCUUCGUUUCGAUUUACUGUACUGUUCUAGCCGAUUUCAUCAAACAAGAUGUACGUCAGAUUCUCGCUCA